AUGUACCGUGGCAGGCCACCGCCAGGACAAUAUCCUCCGCGUUCACUUGGAUUAGGUCCCCGUGGUUCACCUCCUAGGACCGGUCACCCUUUACCUCCACAACCCUCAUACCGAGAGGAGCGAGGACGGGGAAGAAAUGGAUAUCCCCACACCUACCACGGAUACCCAGACGAGCACCACCGGUCACCACCGAGGAGAAGAUAUCCCUCUCCCGGUCCAGGAAGUGGCUUUGGUCCAGGAGAAGAAUUUCGGGGAGGGAGGGCUCCCCCACGGGAACAUUUUCAAAGAUUUACUCCAUCACCUCCUCGAGGCGCAGUCCCUGUUGAUCACAGUCUUGUGAUCACUGUGGGCAAUGAGCUGACUGCUCCACCUGACAGAGUGGUUCCCCCAGUCUCUGGUCGUCCCUAUGUCAGAGAUUAUCAUGUUGGAGAUACACACUACAAGCGUGCGUACUCUCCCCGGAGAAGGAGUUACGACAGUCACGAUGACAGGGGCUUGAGGAGGCGCAGUCCUAGCCGUGGCAGAAGCAGGGGUCGCAGUCGCAGUCCAGAUAGAAUCCGGAGCAAGAGUCGACCUCGCAGCAGGAGCAGGAGUCACAGUCGAACUCGUGGCUUGAGUCGUGGCCGGGCACUAAGUCGAGCACGCAGCAAGAGCCGACCCCAAAGCAGGAGCAGAACCAGAAGAAGGAGCCACAGCCGAAGCAGGAGUCGCAGUCGCAGCCGUAGUAGGGGCCGAAGCAGAGCGAGGAGCAGGGUGAGGAGCAGGAGUCGAAGUAGAGGAAGGAGUAGAGGAAGGAGUCAGGUUAGGAAUCACAGUCCUAGUGACAGCGAUGGCCAAGAAAAAUCUCAAAGUACGAAGGAAUAUGAUGAGUUUAAAGAACUGGAGAUGGCCCGGCGACGCAAGGAACUAGAGGAUAUGCUGAACAUGCCAACAAAGUCUAUCUUGAAAAAGAGGCUUGACUCUGAGACUGACUCUCCUAUGACUGUACGGACAAGCGACUCCCCACAAGAAGCCGCAGCUGAAAAUCCAGACAGCGCUCUUUCACAAGAAGCAGAACGUUUACUCAGUGCAGUGACCAAAAGAAUGGAACCUAGCUUAUUGGCCUCAGUGCUUGGACAACUGAAGAGGGAACCCCAGACUCUAAGGCAAAGCUCCAACACUCUCAUUGAGUUCAUGAGCAGAAUGCAGUCAGUCAAGGAGAGUGACAGUGACUUUAUUCUACCCCAUGACAAAGUCAGGCAGGACAGUGGUGACUUAAGCAAAAUCCUUGGCAUCAUGGCAGAGGCUGAAAGAAAGAAAAGCUAUGGUGAUGAUAUUGAGGAUGAAGAAAAGUUCCUGUAUGGUGAUGAGGCUGAGGAAAAAGAACCAGCUAAAAGCAUCCCUGUAACUGGACAGGACAGUUUGUUAGAUAUCUACGGGGAAACGAAGGCUGAAAUGACACAUUAUAAUGACAGUAAGAUGGGAAUGCAACCUUAUGACCUAUUGAGGAGGACACACGGUGCACUUGGUGUGACUUCGUCUUAUAUUCAGGGCAGCACUGGGGAAGAUCUGGAAAGUUACUCAAGCCGGAAUGUUCAGCAGAGAGACAUGAGAUAUCAGGGUCUGCAGCAUGCUUCCACCACACCUGAUAUGAAUAUUAAAGUUGGAAUCACAUCCACUGACCGGUCGCAGGACGUGAAGGUGAGGCAGGAGGUUGAGGAAUUUGAGAAGAUUCAAGAUCUACUCAAGACUAUUGGCUUGGACCUGGGCGUUGCUGAGAUCAGCAAGAUGGCUGCCAGAACAAAAGAGCGCCUGCAUGGGAAAAAAACAGAACAGAAGGGUUCCAUGCCCCACAGAUCCGAGAAACUGCGAAAGAGUCGUAGCAGGAGCCAUAGUCGAAGUAGUAACAGCUCCAGCAGGAGCAGCAGCAGCAGCAGUAGGAGCAGGAGCAGGAGCAGGAGCAGGAGCAGGAGCAGGAGCAGGAGUAGGAGCAGGAGCAGGAGCAGCAGUCCGAGAAAAGGUCACAGCAAUAGCCGAAGUAGACACCGGAGUCGGGAUCGUAGCUGGAGCCGGGGCAAAAAGAAGUCACUACCACCAGACAGAUGGGUUUCACAUGCAGAGCCUUAUAGUCAGAAAGAAGGACGGCUAGGAGCUAAGACUGAGGAGCAUAAUUGGGGUAUCCCAGUACUAGCCAAGACCGGCUCUGAAGUUGUCAGUCCCACCACACAUAUGCCGCCUCACCCCGCUAUUUCAAUGCCUGGUUACACCCAGCCCCCUGCUCAUGGGCCUCUGCCAAACUUCCCACCCCCUGGCUGUGGCCCAUAUGGUAAUUACAUGCCUUACAUGUCCCAAACAUGGCCUAUGUACCCACCCCCAAGUAUGCCAAUGCCCCCUUCAUGUACAGUGGAGGACUUCAAAAUAUCCAGUACUGAUCGCCCCUACCUUAAAGUCAUUGAAACAGUCUCUACAGAUCACCAACAGACGGAUAAAACAGCAUUAUCAAAGUUGGAUUCACAAGAUCGAGAAUAUUCAACAGGUAGCAGCAGCCAUCAGAAGAGAGACUUAGAAGAAAGGAAUAAUGCCAAUCAAAAGCAGAAGGUGAUGGAGGAACUUGAGAACCUGAAGAGGGACAGAGAUGUCCGGUUGCAGAAGAAGGAGAAUCUCUUAAAAGAACUGGAGAGAUUACGAAAGCAGCAAGGAGAGCUCCUGAGGAGGAAACGGAGGGAGAAAGAUGGCCACAAGGACCCUUUGCUGGUUGAGCUUGGUCAGCUCCAGGAGGACCUGAUGGCCCAGAUCUCCAGUCUACGCGCUGAACAAGAGGCGGCCGACGAGAAGCUUUCUGAGCUGAACAAAGUGGCCAGUAUCCUUGGACUGGGCCGAAGGGAGUCCAGGAGCUCAGGGGAGCAGGAGCACCACCCUCCCCAAGGCAAGAGGCAACAGCGAGCCCGAAGCCCAGAUAGAGCAACAUCUUGCUCCAACAUGUCUUCCACAAAGGCUUCUGCGUCUAAAUCUCGAGCGUCUCCUGAAAAACCGUUGGAAAGUCAAAAACCCAAAGGCCGGACCCCUGACACAACAGCAGAUCAUUUUGAUUACUAUGAUGCAGGAAACCACUGGUGCGAAAACUGUAACGUCACUUGUGGCUCCAUGUUUGACUUUUUCAUGCACUUGCACAGUAAAUCGCAUAGAAAGACUCAAGAUCCAUAUGAGAGGCCCUGGGCAUGUGACUUGAAAACUGAAAAGAAGUCUAUGGCAGGGGAGAAGCCUACUAAACCAGCAAAAGGUUCUGAGUUUUUGAUUCCUGUGAGGGGAUUUUAUUGCCAGUUGUGCAAAGAGUUUUUUGGAGAUCCUAUUUGUGCAGAGGAUCACGUCACAAGUUAUGCUCACAAUGAGAAAUACAAGAAACAAAUGAGUGAGCACCCAUUCCACGAACAGAGGAGGAACCUGGUUCGCCAGGCUGGUGUGGAAAGCAGUGAGAGGAAGUAUUCUGAAAACAAACGAAAACAGGGGGAGGAUGACGACAGAGAAGAGCAGAAAAGAUCCAAACAUAGCAGAGAGGAAGAACGAAACAAAGGAGAAGGGGACAAGUCCAAAUACAAAAGGGAGGAAGAGGAGAGGUCUAAAUACAGGAGAGAGGAAGAGGAGAAGUCUAGAUAUAAGAGGGAGGAAGAGGAGAAGUCUAGAUAUAAGAGGGAGGAAGAGGAGAGGUCUAGAUAUAAGAAGGAGGAGGAGGAGAGGUCUAGAUAUAAGAGGGAGGAGGAGGAGAGGUCUAGAUAUAAGGGGGAGGGAGAGGAGAGGUCUAGAUACAAGAGGGAGGGAGAGGAGAGGUCUGUGUCGAGCAGACAUCGAGAGGAAGAGAGAAUCAGAUAUAGAGAGGAUGAGGAGAGGGCAAAGUACAGGAAGGAGGAAGGAGAGAAGUUCAGAUAUAGAAGAGAGGAGGAGAAAUCAAGGUACAGUAAAGAAAAAGAAGAGGGAAAGCACAGCAGAGAGGAUGAAAAGAAGUCUAAGUAUAGCCUUGAGUUAGACGAAGAAAAGAGAUCCAAGUACAAGAAAGAGGAGGAGGAUAGAUGGUCAAAAUCAAAAUUGGAGGAAGAUGGUGAUAAUGAGGAAGGUGAGGGAUCAAAGAAUAAAAAGAAGGAGAUCCAGUCUCAGCACCCAAAGGACAACGUGGCUAGUCAGUCAAAAGAUGAGAAGGACGGUACAGGGAAAAGCUCUGUGAAAAAUAAAAAGGUUGAACCUGAGAAACCUAGCGUUCCCGCAAAAAUUCUGUGUGGGCCCAGUCCGGCUAUGCUUGCAAAACUUCGCAAGAAAAACGAGGAAGCCACGGGGCGACCUGCAUUUGGGAAGUUCAGUUGGAAAAAAACAGAGAAGACAGAGCUAGAGAAGGAGGCAGAGAGAAUGGCGGCACAGUUCAUCAAGGAAGAUGAGGAGGGUCAAAAAGAGGCCGGUGAAAAAAAUGAGGAUGACAACAGUUCAUUCACCAAAUCUGUAGCCGCUGCCAAGACUAUUGCCUUUAAAUUGGCAGGGAAGGGAGCUCUACCUCCCUCUAACUCUAAUACUUCAAAUGUUCCCUCUAAUGCCCCUGUACCUGCCAUGGUUCUGAGGAAGUCUAGCUCUUCAUUGCGUAACAAAUCAUCCUCUACAAAUGCGCUCCUCUCAGCCAAAUCUACAGCAGACUCAAACAACAUAUCUGAGUCUGGGACAGGAAAUUUGGCCACAAAGGACACGGCGCUGUCAGCCGACGUCAUUUCUAUGGCGUUCAGAGGGGAAGAGGUGCAGCUAAAAUCCUCAAGCGAUGCAUCCUCAAAUCCUGUGGCCACCACAUCUUUCUCCACAGGUACAACUACGUCACCGCUUUGUUCCGCUGCAGGAGCAAAAGGUGAUUCUCCAUCAUCUUCUGUGUGUGUGCUGACUCUCGAGUCUGACGUCGCUGCCCCUGGUGUUCCCCAAAGUGAGCAGAACCUUACCGUGGUUGUUCGCCCUCCUCCGCAGUUUAAGAACCUGAGUGACCUUCCUUCAAAACCAGACAAACCCAAGACGAGUCUCGCCACGGCGAAAGCUAAAGAUUUGUUUGACAUCUUCUACAACAUCAGUGGCUCCUUGACCCCUUCCAGUGCAAGUGGUAUCGCUAAUAAAAUGAUCUCUGAAUCCACACCUGAAGCCAGUGACUCAAAGAACAAAGAUGUCAAUGAAAGUAAUGACUCAAAGCCUGAAGAGUCUCCUGAGAGUAAAAGUAUUGACGGGACUAAGGAGAUCGGCGAAAGCAAUGACAUACAGGAGACAAAUGAAAAUGAAGAGACAAGCGGCCAGGAUGCCGAGGAGGAUGCUAGGGCGGUGUCGUUUUCCCCACCUCCAGGUUUCUUCACAGAGCAACUGAACCUGGAAACGUUUGAGUUCAGUUUCGAAACUUUGUGA